AUGGCACCCGCGGGCCAAACGACUUAUCAGAAAGACGAGAGAGUGCUCUGCUUUCAUCAUGAGAUUCUCUAUGAGGCGAAAAUUCUCGAUUUAAGGCACACUGAACCCGAUGAUCGAAAAAGUCCAUACGAAUAUCUGGUCCAUUAUAAGGGCUGGAAGAACACAUGGGAUGACUGGGUGCCCCAAGAUCGCCUUCGUAAAUUUACGGAGGAGAAUAGGGAAUUAGCAACGACGCUCCGCAGGGAGGCUGAGGCCGCACUCCGUCAGAAAACCACCAAAACCCCUGCCAAAAAGAGGGGAGGUUCCGAUCGCAGCUCUGCGCGUGGGAGUGAAGAAAGACAAACAUCCGUACCCGGCCGUGGUACGAAGAGAGCGAGAGAUAAUGACGUAGAAAAGGAGGAAACUUUCUACACUCGACCGUCAGUGAGAAUUGUGAUGCCAGAUAACCUCAAGUCGCUCCUUGUGGAUGACUGGGAAAAUGUCACCAAGAACCAGCAGGUUGUGGCAUUGCCAGCCAAGAGCUCGGUUAAUCAGAUCCUAGACGACUAUCUAAAAGAGGAGAAGCCGAAACGUACAGGCUCAGCAGACCUAGAUGUCCUAGAAGAAGUGAUUAUGGGCGUGCGAGAGUACUUUGACAAAUCACUCGACAAGAUUCUUCUAUAUAGGUUUGAGCGUGAGCAGUAUCGCGUCCUGCGGAAGAGGUGGGAGGCUGGGUCUGGCGAGUUCGCAGACAAAGGUCCGCUUGAUAUCUACGGUGCAGAGCACUUGACGCGUCUUUUUGCCACGAUGCCCGAGCUCAUCGCACAAACGAAUAUGGACCUUCAAUCUACCAACAGACUUCGUGAAGAGUUAUCAAAAUUCACGAUUUGGCUGAGCAAGAACUCAAACAACUAUUUCGCCACAAGGUACAUGACUGCGAGUAACGAAUACGUCGAGAAAUCUCGUGGUGUCCCGAACCCGACACCAGGUACCGCUACGUCGCGCCUGGUGUAA